AGGGUCCGGCGCCGUCCAAUCGCUGCUCUGGAGCCCCGCCCCGACGCGUGACGCAGUAGGGUGGGUAGCAACAGUUGCCCCGGUGAGGGAAACGGAGGCGCCAUAGCCACGGUAGUCGUGGCGACCAAGCAACCCAGCAACGCCAGUCAACAACAACAACCGAGGCCGCCCCCCGCCCCCACGCCCCCGGCCCGGCCUGGGGACCCCGGCGCGCUCGGUCCCCUCUGCACAGCGCCCACGCACCUCCUCAAAGCCUUCCGCGGACACAAGUGCGGAGAAGCCGAGGAAGAGGAAAACAGCCUUAUUUAUUAUCAUUCACUGUUGGCAUGGCAACACAGUCCUAUGUUACUGAGCUACAGGCAGCCCCACAAGCGUCCCAGCCGCCACAAGCCCCACCCCAGGCCCUGCCCCAGCCACCACCCCCAGCAGCACCCCAGCCUCCUGCUGCAGCAACUCCCCAGCCCCAGUAUGUCACCGAGCUGCAGAGCCCCCCGCCGCAGACGCAGACGCAGCCUCCGGGCAGCCAGAAGCAGUAUGUGGCCGAGCUUCCAGCUGCCCCUGCGCCCUCACAGCCUGCCACGCCUGCCCCAUCCCCUGUGGCUCAGCAGUACAUCGUGGUCACCGUCUCGGAAGGUGCCCUGCGAGCUAGUGAGACUGUGUCAGAGGCCAGCCCCAGUUCCACAGCAAGCCAGACCGGUGUCCCCACCCAGGUGGUACAGCAGGUGCAGGGCAGCCAGCAGCGGCUGCUGGUCCAGGCCAGUGUGCAGGCCAAGCCAGGCCACGUGUCACCCCUGCAGCUUACCAACAUCCAGGUGCCACAGCAGGCUGUCCCCACACAGCACCUGGUGGUGCAGAGCACAGCACCGGGCACGAAGGGUGGCCAGGUCUCCCUGACGGUGCACAGUGCCCAGCAGGUGCACUCCGCCCCUGAGAGGUCACCAGUGCAGGCCAACAACUCCACCAGCAAGACAGCUGGGGCUUCUGCAGGCACUGUGCAGCAACUACAGGUUCACAGCGUCCAGCAGAGUGUCCCUGUCACCCAAGAGAGGUCAGUAGUCCAGGCCACUCCACAGACCAAAGCUGGCCCGGUACAGCAGCUGACCGUGCAGGGACUGCAGCCAGUUCACGUUGCUCAAGAGGUCCAGCAGCUGCAGCAGGUGCCUGUCCCUCAUGUGUACCCCAGCCAGGUGCAGUAUGUGGAGGGUGGCGACGCCAGCUACUCAGCCAGCGCCAUCCGCUCUAGCACCUACCCCUACCCUGAGACGCCGAUCUACACACAGCCAGCAGGCACCAGCUACUAUGAGGCUUCAGGCGCACCCCCCCAGGUCAGCACACCAGCCACUUCCCAGACUGUGGCCAGCAGCGGCUCAGUGCCCAUGUAUGUGUCCGGCAGCCCGAUUGUUGCCAGCUCCUCCAGCAGCGACGCUGGGGCCAGCAACAGCAGCGUGGGUGCAGGAGGCAGCGGGGGAGGUGGCAGCAGUGGCAGCAGCAGUGGCGGCGGCGGCAGUGGAGCAGGCACCUACGUCAUCCAAGGCGGCUACAUGCUAGGCAACGCCAGCCAGUCUUACUCCCACACCACCCGUGCCUCACCAGCCACAGUCCAGUGGCUCCUGGACAAUUAUGAGACCGCCGAGGGCGUGAGCCUGCCGCGGAGCACCCUCUACUGCCACUACCUACUGCACUGCCAGGAGCAGAAGCUGGAGCCAGUUAAUGCCGCCUCUUUCGGCAAGCUCAUCCGCUCGGUAUUCAUGGGUCUGCGCACGCGCCGCCUGGGCACCAGGGGCAACUCCAAGUAUCAUUAUUAUGGCUUGCGGAUCAAAGCCAGCUCGCCCCUGCUGCGGCUGAUGGAGGACCAGCAACACAUGGCCAUGCGAGGCCAGCCCUUCUCCCAGAAACAGAGGCUCAAGCCCAUCCAGAAGAUGGAGGGCGUGGCCAACGGUGUUGCCGUGGGGCAGCAGAGCACAGGGCUGUCAGACAUCAGCGCCCAGGUGCAGCAGUACCAGCAGUUCCUGGAUGCCUCCAGGAGUCUCCCUGAUUUUGUUGAGCUGGAUCUUCAGGGCAAAGUGCUGCCUGAGGGCGUCGGCCCCGGGGAUGUCAAGGCCUUCCAGGUCCUGUACCGGGAACACUGUGAGGCCAUUGUGGAUGUCAUGGUAAAUCUCCAGUUCACGCUGGUGGAAACACUGUGGAAGACCUUCUGGAGAUAUAACCUUAGCCAGCCUAACGAGGCACCACCGCUGGCCGUGCAUGACGAGGCAGAGAAGCGGCUGCCCAGAGCCAGUCUGGUGCUCCUCUCCAAGUUCCAGCCCGUGCUGCAGUGGACCAAGCGCUGUGACAACGUGCUGUACCAGGGCCUGGUGGAGAUCCUCAUCCCUGACGUUCUGCGGCCCAUCCCCAGUGCCUUGACCCAAGCAAUCCGGAACUUUGCCAAGAGCCUGGAGAGCUGGCUCACCCAUGCCAUGGUGAACAUCCCUGAGGAGAUGCUGCGGGUGAAGGUGGCAGCAGCCGGCGCCUUUGCACAGACGCUGCGGCGCUACACGUCACUCAACCACUUGGCACAGGCAGCGCGGGCCGUGUUGCAGAAUACAGCGCAGAUCAACCAAAUGCUGAGCGACCUCAACCGUGUGGACUUCGCAAAUGUGCAGGAGCAGGCCUCGUGGGUGUGCCGCUGCGAGGACCGUGUGGUGCAGCGUCUGGAGCAGGACUUCAAAGUGACGCUGCAGCAGCAGAACUCACUGGAGCAAUGGGCAGCCUGGCUGGACGGCGUCGUGAGCCAGGUGCUCAAGCCCUACCAGGGCAGUUCAGGCUUCCCCAAGGCGGCCAAGCUCUUCCUCCUCAAGUGGUCCUUCUACAGCUCCAUGGUAAUCCGGGACCUGACCCUGCGUAGCGCUGCCAGUUUCGGCUCCUUCCAUCUUAUCCGGCUACUCUAUGAUGAGUACAUGUACUAUCUGAUCGAGCACCGUGUGGCCCAGGCCAAGGGCGAGACCCCAAUCGCGGUCAUGGGAGAGUUUGCAAACCUGACCUCCUCGCUGAAUCCCUUGGAUCCUGACAAAGACGAGGAGGAAGAGGAGGAAGAGGAAAGUGAAGAUGAACUGCCACAAGACAUCUCGCUGGCAGCGGGCAGCGAGUCCCCCGCGCUGGGCCCAGAAGCCCUAGAGCCACCUGCGAAGCUGGCACGGACUGACACACGUGGCCUCUUCGUGCAGGCCCUGCCCUCCAGCUAAGCCCGAGACAUCCCUGCCCCAUCCACCCACCCACCCGCAGCUACCGUCCCUCCAAGGGUCAGGGUCAGUCCCUCCGAGCCAGGGUCCGGUCCCUCAGCUUUUGUGGCUUCACUGUCACCCUUCCAGCCCACACCAGAGCUGGAGAGGGUCCCUGUGACAGGGAAGGCCAGGGGAGCCUCCCCUCACAUGGAGCCGAUACAAUCAUGGGCUGGGCUGGGCAGAACUGAAGCUGCAAACCCUGACACAAAGACGUGCCUUAAGGAACCUGCCCAGGUGCCCUCUCUCCUGCCCCAGCUCGUAGCCCUGUUCCCCUACACCACCCCAGAGGGCAGCAGGCUGACUCCUCCCCUGCGAACUGUUAACUUAUUCUGCUCUCUGGCUUUGCACAGCCUGCCCAGGCAGACCUGAGCCUGGUCAGGCGCAGGUGGGUGGCACUCGGGGACCCCCCACUGUCAGCAGCAGCAGUCCCACUGCUCCCCUUUCUUGGUAUAAGUGCAAUUAAAGCUGUGGGUGUCGCACCUUCUCCAGAGCUGGGUUCUCCUGGCCCCGCAGCCCAGAGAGGGGCAUAUUGUGAAGGGCCCCGGCCUCCAGCUUCCAAAGAGGAGCAUCCUGUUGGCUGCAGGGCCAGGUGCUCCAGACCAGAGGCCGCACCCUGCGCCUUCCACCCUACCGGCUUGUGACCGAAACCUGCUCCCAGAGAUGCUUCUCCUCUGUGCCGUGCCCCUGACCCCUGUAACUAUUGUGAUUAGUGAGUGCCGCUUGAGCGGAGUCAGUAACUUGUUGGGUUUUUUUCCAACCAUCAUGGCCUUAUCCGUUCCCGUUUUCUCAGUGUCUUCAAUCUGUGAUAGAUGUUUAUGGAAAAAAAAGAAAUCCGGCCUAUUGUAUAGAAAUCACUAUUUUGUGUGCUCCGCGUGCUACAGCUUUUGGGUGGUCCUGCACACGCCCCAUGGGGCCUCCCUUCCCAGUGGUGAAAGUAUCCACGCGCGUGGUAGUUUAGUGUGCUGUUUUCUACCUUUUUGUAGUCUUUCUUAAAACAAUAAAUACUGCUGUGAUCUU